GGGUAUUUUGUUGGUUCACAUGCUUGAUCAAUGGUGUUUUAUCAUUAAUGUUUUUUUAUUAUUAAUGUUUAGUGUUUUCUGAGUCAUUCGUAACUGGCACUGUAUGUCAUGUUGUUACUUGUGUGCGGAGCACCAAGGCAAAUUCCUUGUAUGUGAAUACUUGGCCAAUAAACUUACUUACUUGCUUACUCACGGCCUGUGCCUGUAAUAAACUAAUCUCAUCUAACCAUGGACCUUCUCUUGCCAUUCCAGAACAAGAUCUUCAUUCACCGAGGGAAGGAGUACGAGAGACGGGAGGAUGUUGAGCAAUUCCUCCUGCACCAGUUCCCGAAUGCGGACAUAAUGAAGACAACCUCGCAGCCUGGCGAUGAGGUCAACAAUGCCCCUGGACAAUCCAUCCAAUGCUUCACCGUGCAGCCCAUCCUGGCCGAGCAGGCACAGUUUCACAACAAGAAUGUUCCGGAACAGAUCGUGGACUUCUACAAGGCUAAUAACGUGCUGAAGUUCAGCUACUCCAGGCCAAUCAGAAGAGGACCAAAGGACCCCGAGAAUGAGUUCGCCUCAAUGUGGAUUGAAAGGACAAUGUUCACCACGGCAUACAAGUUGCCCGGCAUUCUCCGCUGGUUCGAGGUACUGCAGGUCUCCCAGACCUGUAUAAGCCCAUUGGAGAACGCCAUUGAAACGAUGCAGACCAGCAAUGAUAAGAUACUCACCAUGGUGAACCAGCACCAUAAUGAUGCCAACCUCUCCAUCAAUCCCCUCUCCAUGCUGCUGAACGGCAUCGUGGAUCCUGCCGUCAUGGGUGGCUUUGCAAAGUACGAAAAGGCAUUCUUCACUGAAGGAUACAUGUGUAGCCACCCGGAAGACUUGGACAAUAUCACAAAGCUAAAGGAUCUCAUUGCCUGGCAGAUCCCACUACUGACGGAGGGCAUCAGGAUCCACGGGAAGAAGGUGACGGAAGCCCUGAAACCCUUCCACGAUCGGAUGGAGGAGUGCUUCGCUCAACUGAAGGCCAAAGUGGAGAGCCAGUAUGGAGUGCGGGAUCUGUCGUUUUCCGAGGAGAGGCGGGGAGGCAGUGGAGCCGGGAGCCGGCCGCGUUCCAUGAUCCGAUCCUAUCGUCCUCUGUCAGUCAUCUCCUCGAGUUCACUGAGUUCCACGAGCUCAGACAAGGAAUCGACCAGGACCACCAUGGACAGUGUGGAACCUCCACUGCCAAGGAAACAAAGCAUCCGCAACCUAGACAGACCUCUGGAAGCUGUGGCCAAGGACCUUGAGGACAGGAAGGUGGCCAAGAAGGAGAACAGGGCCAGCGGGCUCCAGGGACCUGCUCGAUCGCCCAUGCCUGCACCCGUUCCGGAAUGCACUGUGGAGCCUUCAAGGAUGCCCCUGGUCUCAGGCAACUCAAUGGAGAGAAGUCCAGAACACUUUGCCAAAGAAAACACUGCAGGUCAGACAGUUAGCGUGAACAAUGGAUUCGGCGGGCAGGUCAAAAGUUCCCGGCCUCCGCCCUUGCCCAGGAAGAUCAACCCCAGCCUCCUGGAGAACUUCAGCCAUGACCUGGCGGAUCCAAUGACCUCUCCGUCCUUCCAGGCUCCUGGGAAAGAGCAGCUCCAAUUCAAGGUCGCGAGCUCUCCGAACCCGGAUAGCAGCAAGGCCCUCAAGAGCCCACCGCCCCCUCCCCCGCCAAAGAACAAGCGGAUGACACAGCCCCCGCCCAGCUGACCCCUCCCCCGCACACCUCCAUCCAUCGGGCCUCGAGGAAGGGGCUGAGAGGACCCCCAGCGGACAUGGUCGAUGAGUAACGACAGGAGCCGGCAUCGGUGAACCCCUUCCCCUUCUAACCAUCCACCCAUCCUGCUGCCUUCAAAUGAUGCCCAGUGGCUAUAAGGGUUGUUCUUUUCCUAAUAAAUAAAUACCUCCUCAUGUC